UUUCUGCCUCAGCUGAAAUUCAUCGUCUUCUUUCUUCCAUCCUUUCUCUCUCAGUGGAACCCUAAUUACUCAGUCUCUGAAUCGUCCAUUGUCUCUUUUCGUUUAAGUGUUAUGAAAAAACCGUCUGCGAGAUGAAGAAAGUAUCAAGAAUGGAAAAAGGAAAACGAAAAGAAGAAAUACCAUGGUUUGCACCUCCGACUAUUCCGAAAGAUUACAGGCGACCGUGUCAGGUCUAUGUGGGCGUGGAGUUCAGUGACACAUACCCUAUAACACUGAACAACGAAGGGAAGAUUUUGAAAGGUUACUGGUACAGAGACGAAAACCUCACAUUUGAGGAUAUUGGCAAUAGGCUUCGAGAUAUGGGAUACCCGGAGGUUAACCGAAUUGGGUAUCACGAGCCGACAGGAAACUGGAACACGGUAACAAUAGUGAAGGAUGAUAUAGGCAUUACGAAGUUGUUCAAUGAGGGACACGCCUUUGGUUUCGUCAAAAUGUUCAUUGAGUUCAAGCGCGAUCCUGAACCUGAAGAGUUUAACUUUGAUAUAGACGAGUCUGUUUGGGAAGCGUUUGAGAGAAAUGAAGCUGAUAAGGAAGCUGAUAAGGAAGCUGAUAAGGGUAUGCCUGAACUAGAGAUUGAGGAUCAAGAGGAUGACAGAGAAGGGCAUGUACUAACUGCUGCUAGUGUUGGUAUGGAUUAUCAUAGUUCAGAUGAUGCCACUUACAUUUGCGAGUCUGACACUGAAGAUGACAGUGUUAGCGAUGGUGGAACCGAUUUUGAUGACGAGUAUACUAGUGCAAGGGAAACGAAGAAAAAGUUUAGAACUUCGGUUUGCGAUAGAAUAUCUGGCUUGGGAUUAGAUGCAAUGUUAGAAGCUCCGGGGGGUAUAGCUAGUCAUAACGGCAAGUAUUGGGAAGGUGGGGCAGCCGGCAAUUUAGAUGCCCAUAAGGCUAUACAGGAUAUGGAUAAUGAAGAAGGAUCUGACUACGCCGACACCGAUGAUGGACUUUUUACCCCAUCGAGUACUGAUGAGGAUUGUCUUGAUAUUAGAAAGAAGAAGCGGGCUAGUAAGUUAUACUAUGACCCUACGUGCAAUCAUGAGGACUUACUGUUCAAGGUGGAUAUGAUUUUCAUGAACAAGGUGCAAGUGAAAAGUGCUGUUCAGCAAUGGGCGAUUUGUCGGGGUCAUGACAUUCGUUGGAGAAGGAGCGAGCGUUUACGUGUCGAGGCACGUUGCAAAGCUGGUUGUCCUUUCAAGCUCUAUGCUAGCAGAAAAAAAUCAAACACUUCCUUCAAAAUUUUGCGGCUUCGUAAUGAACAUACCUGCCAACGAGCAACAACUAACAGACAAGCUACAUCAGAAUGGCUUGCUAAAGAGUUCAUCAAGAAAUUUAGGAGAGAGCCUGUAUAUUCUGCCUCUUUAAUGCAAGCUGACAUGAAAGACAAGUACAAGGGACUAAUUGUGUCAGAGUCAGCUUGUUAUAGGGCUAGAGGGCUUGCUCUGGAUAUUAUUAGAGGGUCACUCGAGAGUCAUUAUGCAAAAUUUAGAGCAUAUGACGCGGAGUUGAAAAGGAUCGACAAAGAAGGGCUGUUUCAGUUUUACACGAUAAAUAACCCAAAUAGUGGAGCUCCAAUAUUUCAGAGAUACUAUGUGGGGUUUUCAGGGUUAAAGAAAGGAUUCCGCAAUGGUUGUAGGCCUGUGUUGUGCGUUGAUGGAUGUUUCCUAAAGACAUUGACUGGUGGGUGCCUGUUAAGUGCGGUUGCACGAGACGGGAACAACCAAAUGUUCCCGGUAGCGUGGGCAAUAACCGAAGCUGAAAACGAAGAGACGUGGACAUGGUUUUUGGACUUGCUAAUUUCAGAUCUCGGGUUUGGAGACGGCCUGUACUUGACGCUAAUUAGCGACCAACAAAAGGGGCUGAAAAAUGCAAUUGUGACAUUGGUUCCUAUGGCAGAGCAUCGUAACUGUGCCCGCCACAUUUACGCUAAUUGGAAAAAGAAGCACAGAGAUCCUGAGUUGAAGAGAAUAUUUUGGUGCGCCGUCAAUGCAACAAAUGGCCCAGACUUUGACAGUCACAUGAAGACGAUGGCAAGUGAGAAACAAUGGGCAUAUGAGGAUUUUAUGGGGCAAUUGAACAAUGUGUUUUGCAAAUCCUUCGUUAGGGAAUAUCCGAGGUGCGAUGCUAUUACAAGCAACUACAGCCCAUUCAUAUGUUGGAGGAGAUUCGAACUUCGUUGA